UCCAUUUCGAUCCCCUAUCGUCCUGCUAUAGACCAGCGCCGGCCUCGCCUUUGCAUCUGGCCCCCCCCAUCCCAACGGCGCCUGCUGCCGCACAACUCCCUUCGCUCUUGCUGGCGUCUGAAUCCCUCUCUCUUCCUUCCUCGUCUCUCUCAUCUGAACCACCGCUGCAUCCAUCACCGACCUUUGCCGGGCUUCCCCCAGGCCAUUCUACCACCCCGGAACAAGCUGCCCUCUCGGAUCCAGCGACCAUCAGCCAGUCCACUGCACUCUGCCGUCCGGUGCCAACUCCAACUCGUAUCUGCGAUCCAGCCCGCGCUUCCAAGAGCCUCCCUGCACUGUCAAACCAUGUCGCUCUUGCCGUCAUCCCAAAGACCACACUCGGACAUCUCCGACGGCCCCUCCUCGGCGCUGCUGUCCUUUCCUCCCCUGUCGCCGUCGACCUCCCAGACACCCGAUUCAUCCCUCCCAAGCCUGCCGUCGCUGCCCAACCCGAUCAGGCACAUUGUCUCUUCGUCGUCAUCGUCUUCGAGUCGAUCGUGGACGGCCUCGCCAAAUGUCAUGGAUUUCAAGUACCCGCUCCCACCCCAAUCCUCCUGGGAUCGCCGUGGCUCCAGCUCGUCGCUCUCGAGCGUCUCGUCGGUCACUCCCCCCCUGCGUCCCUCGCCUACGCCGGCAGACUCGCCCGACGAAGCUCUGCCCCCGAUCCUGACGGAGUCCCACUUCCUGAAUCCUGCCAAUCUGGAGCUCUGCAUCACGUCGUACUCAUACACCGCAUCCAACAUGGACGAGCUCUCCUUUGCCGAGGGCCAGAUCAUCCGCGUUCUGCAAAAGGCCGAGGGCGGUUGGUGGGAAGGCCAGCUCGACCAGGAGCAUGUUGUCGGCUGGUUCCCCGCCAACUACGUCGAGAGCUAUCCGCUUCCCAAAGACGCCGAUGGCAAUCCGAGUCUCGAAGACGGCGACGAGCAGAUCGGUCCAUUUGCCGAGACACCCGGGGAAACCAAAAUCCUGCGCCAGCGCAAUCGAGAGCAUAACAGCGAGAUCCAAGCCGACUUGAAUUCCGAUCAGCUCGCGUUCGACCAGCAUGCGGGCAUCUCUGAGAGCACCGUGGCUCUCAAUCUGGCCCCACGGGCCAUGGCGAUCCGUGGACUGAACUCGUACCAAGACACUGUUCUCAAGAGUCUGACGGUCCUGCAGAAGGAAUACUACGAACCGCUCCAGCAAGAACAGUGGUUUCCCGCUACCGACCACCGACAAAUCUUCCAGAGCUCGCAUGAGCUGUUCUUGUUCCAUUGCGAGUUUGCAGAGGACAUCAAGUCGUGCCUGCAGGCUCCCCCCGAAAGCCAGAUGAUUGGCAAGCUUUUUGUAGAUCAUUGGGAUCGUAUCUCAACUCUGUAUGUCAACUAUGGAUCCAAUCUGACCUCGGCCUCGGCGAUCGCCGCCCGAUACGCCAAAAACGCAGCCAUGAGUACAUUUUUGCAAACCACCAGUAGCGAGACCGAACCUCGCAUCAUCCAUUUAAUAGCGCACCUGCAUGCACCCGACCAGCAUCUCUACCGCUACAAGCGAUUCUUCCAAGACAUCACCCAACUCACACCGCAGGACAGCUCUGCCGACCCCUCUGCUGUCCACGCCGACCAUGGCUAUGCGCUCGAGGCCCACGAGAAACUCACCAAGCUUGAGCAGUUCGUGCAGGCGAUACGCUCGCGACGAGAGAGAUAUGAGGCCUUGUACGAUCUUAUCCACCGCAUCGACUCCCCCGAGGGCCAGACACUCCGCUACUACGGAUGCCUCCUUCUACAAGAGGCCCGACUCAAGCUGCAAGAGGGCCCGCGGUCACGCGAGCGCAACUUUUACCUUCUCGAGGGAGCAUUGGUCAUCCUGCGCAAGACCAAGCGGAUCGGCAAGCUCGUGGGCGGUGGAACUCCCGGCCACAAUCCUGAUCAGCGCAUGAAGAUUGUCGAAGUUGUGCCUCUCGAUCCAGCCCGGACCGCGGCCCUCGAGUCGGAGCAGCCCAACGGCAGUGGACUGCAGUUCAAGAUCGUGUACUCUGGGCCAGACGGCGAGUCCAGAAAACUCACCGUCACGGCAUUCAAUUCGAGCCAAAAACGUCUGUGGUUCAAGACCAUCACGCAGCAGCUCGAACAGAACACGCCAUACAACUACCCGCAGCCAGCGCCUGAAGACAUGGAUCUCGCAAGUCCAGACGCCGUCGGCGCGCCACCAGGGCCCCCCUCGCUUGCUCCACGAGACGCCAGCAUGACCCCUUCGCACGACAGCAGUGCUACUGCCCGGGGGCCGAACCACCCCGACGAGCAUCGGUCUUCUCCCUUUCGACACGAAUGGUGGCCCAAAAAGUACAAGUUGCCAAGCUUAACCGCCAUGCGCUCAAACAAGAGCGCGCGGAGCCAGGUUGACGUCCAACUCUUCACCCCGCCGCCGGAGGUAGAGCCACAGCUGCUCAUCCCUGUGCCGAUGGUAACCUCCUCUCAAGGCUCGCAAGAGCUGAAUCCAGGCGUGGUCCCGAGCUCGCUGUCGCAUCCAACCGAAGCCAGCGUGCGCAACGAUCACCACAGCGAGCAUUCUGGCCGCGGAUCAGGGCCGAAGCCCAUGUCGACGGCGAGCACAAAGAGCCGCUCGGGAAGCGAGCCUGCGAAGGAAACCGAUGCACUCGCGGUCGCCCCAGCCACCGGCGGCAUCGCCCCCAAGCGCUCGCUGCCUAGUCGCGGAACCGAAACAACCCUCGCAAACUCCCAGCAUCCCUCUCUGCAGCCCGAAUAUCACAACCCCCGGGUCCAGAAAGUGCGGGCGUGCGACUCGCUCAUGACCACGGACUCGUCAGCCUCGACCAUCCAGCCACAUGUACCCCCAGCCGCCGACUCGACUGUGACCGGCGCUCGGGACGCCCAGGAACAAAAGCCCGAGCACCUGGAUGUCUACCAUGAAAACGACGAGCUCUUUGACGACCGGUUCUCGUAUGACGGAGGCUCCAGCGUCGUUGGUCCAUCGAGAAGCAUGAUUCCCACGCCGCCGCCACACCGAGGCGCCGUGAGUGACGUCGGCGCACCAGCGUACACAGGCAGCCUUGCCUACACGGGCUAUCCGAUCGAACUCCGAGCCAGCAACAAGUCACCCACCCCGAACCAGAAAGCAGCCCCCGGUGGCUUCUUUGCCAACAGUCGCAAGAAGCUUGCCACGGGCGGCCAUAGUCUCUCAAUCAAGUUCUCCAAGUCCUCAACCCACCUUCCCUCCGACCCGCUGUCGCAGGACCUGGGCAACUUCCAAUCGUCCCGAGGCGAUCAGGAGGCGGCAGCUGCCGAGCCUGGCCAACAACACAGUAUGCUGAAGGGCAACAAGUCGAUCCGCCGGCUGCUCCGCCCCUUUUCCCCACAGCCCGCCACGGAAUCAUCACCGCAGCAACCAUCGGCUGGGCUACCGCUUAGCUCCCACCGCCGCCAAGCAUCGGAUGGCGCCGUCCGUGCUCAGGAGGACGGCUUUGCCCGCGCCCGCAAACCGAGCGUGACGGAUCUGAUGACAUCACUGCGAUCCUUCCAGUUCCUGAAGCGAAGCAACAGCAUGCAAAACCUCCACGACCGCAAAAACGAAAUCAUCAUCAUCGGCGAGGACGAUCACCCGCCAUCGCGGCCGUCUCUAGCGCAGAGCCGCAGUGUCGGUCGGGUUGAGGGCACCGGACAGCGAUGGGGUGCCUCGGAACUGGGAUUAGUCGCCUCGCUGCCGUCACCUCCUCCGAUUCCAGCCCAGUGGGCGAGUGUUGGCGAUCAGCAACCCGGCCCGAGCGCCCCGCAAGGCCCCGAUAUGGCUCGUCAGGGGUCAGGCCGCUACGGAUCGCUGGGACGAAGCAGGAGCUUCACCUCGCCAUCGACUCGCAUCUCGCAAGCGGCAGACGGGUUCCUCCAGUCCACGGGAGGGCGCACGGCCUUCCUGAACACCGAACAGCGCCAGAGCCGCCCUCGCAAUGGCGCAGCCGCAAUCUUCGAUAGCGAGCCCGGCAGUUCGAACGACGAGACCACGCCCGAGCCACGAUCUCCUGAAGGCCUCUCGCCUGGACUCUCGGACCGGUCAACCCGUGUUGGUGGCCGCUUCAUCACCACCUUUGACCGCAGCAACUUGGCGACGCUGUAUGCACAACCUUCGCUCAGCUCCUCUGUCGAAUCCCUGAUCAACGAGCCGAUUUCGAUGCGGCCAGCAACGCCAAAGACUCGCAUCGACAGCCAAGCCACCGUCGUGGGCGAUUCCAGCCGACCUGGUCUGAGUCUCAUCACCCGCGACCUCGGGGAUGAACUGAGCCCGAGCGAUAUUGGCCCAACCCCCUCGGCCAAUACCAUAGACUCGUCCUACUACGACAGCGACCAGCGGCCACGCGACAGCGCCAUGAUCAACCUCGGAGCAUGCGUUGCCGCUGCCGUAGCCGCGGUCGAGGCCGAGCAUGCCUCUCGCAGCGGAUCAGUUGCACGCUCCCUGGACGACAGCACCGCCGGCGACAGUCAAAACACACUCUCCAUCCAGCCUGCGCGGAGCCAGGGACCCCGACUGGACUUUGAAACCCUCACUCGCCGCAACCGCAAUGCCGACGGCACUACCCAGCCUUCGCUGCCUCGCGCGGGGACUGUCGCCUCUGCAGGUGCCGCUGCUGUUGCCGCUGCCGCUGCUGUUGUUGCUGCUGGUGGUGCUGCUGGCGAUGCUUCGGCCCGUUACCCGACGUACGAAGAGCUCGUCGGCACAGUGACCAACCUGUCCAAGCUGGUGCAGGAGCUGCAGCACGAAAUGCAGACACUCAGAGCAAUGAGCCCGCCUCCCGGCGCUGUCGCGGACAGAUCGCGGUCCAGCGACAGUAAUGCCCAGCUGAGCCAGGUUGAAGAAUGAGCUACUCUGCUCUACCCCGCACCGCAUCGACUCCGUGCUCGGACCCCUGUGCCCCUUGACGGUGCCGUGGAAGAUCCAAGUUCCGGCCCAGCCCAGACCCCUCGACACGAAGAGGUCGACCGAACGACAGCCACAAUAGCUUGGACCCACCGUCCAUUCGAGCACGGAGUACCCCUCCCCAAAUCCAAUCCAUCAUUCGAGC